AGACCACCAUGCACUACUAAUGCAUUCACUCCCCCGCCCACAGAUGCAGUCCUCGGUUAUCAAAGAGAACAUUCAGAAAUGCUGCUGCUGGCAAAAAAAAAGGCAUUUGAAGCUCAAAUCAUGGUUGGAAUGUGGACUUAGUCUUGUUAUCUUACAUUGAGAGUCCAUGAGAGAGGCCUAUCAUAGGUUACAUGUACGCUGAUAAGGGAACAACUGAAAAAAUGUGGAGUCAGAUGAGGGGACUAUGUUUCAUGAAGCUAUUACAAGAUUGUUGUUGACUGUUGAAUGCACUUGAUGGGCAGUGGGCUGACAGAGGAAUCUGGCAGUAACCCAUCAGAGGCUGCUGCUGACAACAACUCUAUACCCAGCGGGCAACAACCCCUACUGUACUGUUCCAUAACGCCACAGAGUUGGUACCAAGAUUGACGUUGAUGAUUUCUGCACUCAGCUCACUAAAGAGGCAGAGACCCUGGUCACAUCAUUCUUCCCUCAGAAGAUUACAGAGAUGGAGACGCUGUUGAAGACAUCCUUAAGCACUGAUGGCCUGGCAGCUCUGAAGGCCCCUCUGGACAUCCCAAUACCAGACCCGGCUAAAGAAGAGGCUAAGCAAAAGAAGAAAGAGGAGAAAGAGGCAAAGGAAGGGAAGAAAGACAAGGACAGCGAGAAAGAAGAUGAAGACGCAGGGCCUCCCUGUGGUCCGAUCCCCUGCAACGAGAGAGUGGAAAGUCUUCUGAAGGAGAUCAAGCCUCAGAUCCAGAUACUGAAGGAGAAACUCAACACAGUGUCAAUGUGGGUGCAACUUCAGAUUCCCAAAAUUGAAGAUGGGAACAACUUUGGGGUGGCUGUACAGGAAAAAGUGUUUGAAUUGUUGACCAACACUCGCACGAAGAUCGAGGAAUUCCAGACACAGAUCUCAAAGUACUACAGUGAGAGAGGGGAUGCUGUUGCCAAGGCCUCAAAACAACCUCAUGUGGGAGACUACAGGCAGUUGGUGCAUGAGCUGGACCAGUACCAGUACUGUGAGCUGCGCAUCGUGGUUCUGGAGAUCCGCAAUACCUAUGCCUUGCUGUUUGACAUCAUCAACAAGAACUAUGACAAGAUCAAGAAGCCCAGGGGGGACUGCAAGGCCCUCAUCUACUGAUCAACUGACUCUUGUGUACAUCCACUGGAGACAGCAAUAUAGCGACACACUCUUACUCACCCAUUCACAUGUUAUGAUACAAAUCAUGUAGUGUAACAUGUUAAAACGCUUGUUGGGUAACUGAAUACCUUCAGACACAGUGCAUUUAAAAACGUUUUCAUUUUCAUAACAAAAAAACCUGCUGUAUUACACAAUCAAUUUAUUCCGAUUUCAAAUUAAAGUAGCGAUAACUGGCAUAACA